AUGUCAAUGCAAGUUCUAUUUCAUGGCCCUUGCAGCUUCAUGCAUGGAUUAUGUGCAUUUCAUCUCUAUAAGAACUUGAAAAAGAACCAUAAGUUGCUUCAUAUUGAAGAAUCAUUUCACAGUUGUGCUAGAGGUUAUACCCAAUUGAUGUUUGAGUACUACAUGAGAGAACUUGAUAAUCUCUCUGCAUCAAUUAGACAUGAGUUGGAAGCUAUCGGAAGACAUAGGUGGGCUAGGGCAUUUUUUAGGAGAAAGAGGUACUCGGUGAUUACAACCAACAUUUCUGAAAACAUGAAUUCUACAUUGAAAGAAUCUCGAGAAUUACCUGUAAUUGGACUUUUAGAAUCAAUAUGUAGUUUGGUUCAAAAGUGGUUCUAUGAACGUCGCACCAAAUGGAAUUUUCAACGCACGAAACUAUCACUACAUGCAGAAGAUAUGAUUCGAGAAUCCUUAACGGAAAAUCGCUCAAUGAAUAUAUAUCAUAUAGAUCAACAUGAAUUUGAAGUCUACUAUCGUAAGGAACAAUUCACUGACAAUAUUUUGGCCCGUACGUGCUCAUGUCGCCAAUGGGACCUUGACUUGAUCCCCUGCUCACAUGCUUGUAUUGCCCUUUCUACAAGGAAUCUUAACUUGCACAUGUACACUAAUAAGUUUUAUUAUGUGUCAAAUCUAAUAAACUUGUAUAAGAAGGGAACACGUCCUAUUAGUAGUGUAGAUCAAAUUAAGAAAACAUACCAAGGUGGCAACGAUGGACUUCUUCCGCCCCAAGUCAGACAUCCAGCUGGAAGGCCUAAGAAGAAGAGACUUUUGUCAUUUUUUUGA